AUGCUGUUAGAUCCUAUGAUUGAUCUCGCCAGUAUCAACGAAGUCCCCGGAAACAUGCCUGCUCCGAAAGAAACUAAGAAGGUCGAGGCCAAUGGCCAGGCUGCGAAUGGGAACAUUCCUCCUCCCAAGACUGAUAAGCCGAGGCCACACGUUUGCACUACUUGCGGUCGCUCCUUUGCGCGAUUGGAGCACCUGAAACGCCAUGAGCGCUCCCACACGAAGGAGAAGCCCUUUGAGUGUCCCGACUGCGCCCGUUGCUUUGCGCGUCGCGAUCUCUUGCUCCGUCAUCAGCAAAAGUUGCACAUGACUUCUACCCCCUCAUCUCGUCCCAGAAAUGGUCGCCGAGAGAGCACGAGUGGUGCCCCUGGCGGCGCGAACCGGGUGCGCAAGAAUUCUGUUGCUAACAAUGCCUCCUCAAUGCGCCCCAGAGCAAACACGAUCAGUCAUAUCGGUGGGAAUUCGUUGGGACUUCCUGACGGUGCUAACCCAUCUUCCGCCCCGAAUCACCCAGGCCAUACAUAUCACCCCAGCCUGAGCUCUUCGGUCGGCUCAAGUAUGGACUACAGGGGCUUCAGCUCAGGCCACCCUCCAGUAAAUGGAUUGGCUAAGCUGGAGACUUCGGGGCUCCCCUGGACAUGUCCGGUAAUCUGCGGACCGCCCCAGUUUACGGCAGCUUUGACAUGGGCAUCGAUGUUACACUUUGCAGGUUCCCCCCAGGGCUUCGGUGACACCCCCGCUUCCCCGUUCGGCCACAACCCCCACGGCAUGCAUCCCGCUACCGAUCCCAUGAUGGAUGAAGAGAUGAACUUCGACUGGAUGAACGGAUUCGAUGCGGCGGUGGCUCUGGGAAACGGCAAUGACUCGGUCAUCGACGAGUCAUCGCCCUCGGCGAUGAGCACGGGCAGCCAGAGUGGGAUCAGCGAGGCCAUGCUGGAUGGACCCAACCGAAUCCCGAUCUCCAAUGGCUGGCACAACCCGUUCCCCACGCACGCCUCGGCCAACCAGUUCGCCAUUGACUUUUCACCGACGACGCUGAACGACUUGGGGAUCUCGCCAGAGACCGUGUCGCCCAAGUCACUGAUGACCCAGAACCCCUUUGGCGAGAAUUACGCCACCCCUCCAUCCAUGACGUCGGUUGGCCAGCCCAUUGUUGGGGGACAUUCACAGAGUAUGUUAUCAUCAUCUAUGACAACACACGGAGAAUCUCCUAAUCCUCUCAACGUUCCGUUCCCGAAUAGUGCCCUACGAAGUCAACAUUCCGCAGUCUCAGAGGAUACAUUUACAGACUCCACACGACAGGCUUUAUUAGCAAGCAUGUCGCAACCCACUGGCUUCAAUCAUCGCAAGUAUUCUCAGCCCGCCUCUAGCAUGUUGAGCAGCCGCGAGUUGUUCGCCCGCUCGACUGGCUUCAACAGCUCCGGUCAACUACCCAGCACCUCAGACAUGCAGCGCUACAUUUCCGCCUAUAUCACCUACUUUCACCCCCAUUUGCCUUUCCUUCACAUUCCGACCCUCAACUUUCAAGCUCCUGAGUACACCAGCAACCUUCGCACGCCCAGUGGACAUCUCAAUCUCAGCUCAACCGGUGUCGCAGGAGGCGGAGGUUGCCUGAUACUCUCGAUGGCUGCCAUUGGCGCCUUGUACGAAUAUGAUGCAGCUGCUUCUAAAGACUUGUUUGAAGCCGCGAAAAAGAUGAUCCAAUUGUACCUUGAAGAGAGACGGAAAGCCGACAUGUCUGCUGCACUCAGUCGCUCCAGUUCUGCACGAGACAAUUCCGUUCAAAAUACACCGCUUUGGCUGGUCCAGGCAAUGUUGUUAAAUGUGAUUUAUGGUCAUAGCUGCGGUGACAAGACGUCAGCGGAUAUCGCGAGUACCCACUGCGCCGCUUUGGUCAGUUUGGCCCGCGCGGCUGAAUUGACCCACCAUUUGGACACUAAGAACCUACCGCACGAUCACCUCAACACCGGGUUCAAUCUAUCCGACGCAGCUGAUACAGAGAACUGGAUGUCUUCGUCGUUCAGCCAUCCAAAAGAACGAAAAGAUUGGCUGAAUUGGAAAAUUGUUGAAGAGCGAAAGCGCACCCUUUACGCUAUAUUUGUACUCUCAAGCUUCCUUGUAUCUGCAUACAACCACGCGCCUGCUUUGACAAAUUCCGAAAUCCGCCUUGAUCUCCCUUGUGAGGAGGAUGUUUGGGCUGCCGAGUCUCCUCAAGCAUGGAAGAAGAUGGGAGGCUCCACAGGUUCUGUCAAAAGCGUAUCGUUUUCGGCGGCUUUGACUUCACUUCUGACCGCCAGCCAACGAGAGCAGCAAAAUCAAUCUUCGAAUGCUUUCUUCGGCGGUGGAACCUCGGAUGACCCAAUCAGCGCGGACAAUAGACCCAGUACAUUUGGAUGUCUCGUUCUUAUCUACUCUUUGCAUAACUACAUCUGGGAAACCCGGCAACGACAUAUGGGUCGCCAAUGGACCUCACAAGAAACUGAAGCAAUGCAAGCACAUAUCGAGCCGGCUCUCCGAGCUUGGCAGGCUGCGUGGGCAAGUAACCCAGUCCACAGCCUGGAGCGACCCAAUCCAUUUGGCGCCGGGCCACUCUCAGCAGAUAGCAUUCCACUUCUGGACUUAGCCUAUGUUCGGUUAUUCGUCAACCUUGGUCGCUGCAAAGAGGCUUUCUGGCAGCGGGAUUGGAAUGGCAUGGCAGACGAGCUCGCACGAGGUACAGAGAUGUUCCAACAUAUUGAUACCAAUAUGAACGACCUAGUGGACCCCUCACUCACCGGUCAGCUCGACGGCCGACGAGAAUCCAUCAAUGACCUGGGCGUGGCCGACCUCUCCCUCUCCAAGACCCCAACACAAGAAGAACCUAUGGAGUCCCUCUCGAAUGUCUACAGAUCAGGCCAAUCGAAGCGGGAGAAACAUCUUCGUAAAGCCGCCUUUUACGCCGCAGAUUCAAUAAACAUGUCCGACCGCCUUGGUAACACAUUCGCCGAUUUCUCGUCCCGCGAGUUGCCCCUCCAAUGCGCGAUGUGCUCCUUCGACUGCUCCCAAGUCCUCGCAGAAUGGAUAACCACCGUCCAAGAGCGCGUCGGCCCCUACCUCGGCAUACUAGGUCGUGACGACGUUGAUCUCACUCAGGUCCCAGCCGUCAUGCUUCUUGAGGACGAAGACUGCAAGCUUAUCGACAAGAUUAAAGAAAUUCUUUCAAGCAUUGAAUCAAAAAUGCAACGAACAGUGCAGAUCAGCAAUUCCAUGUCUGCACUGAGCGUGAUGAAACGCCUCCCUUCGGUCGUGGAGGGCGGAUACGGGUACCGUGCUGCCGUGUGGCCUGUGACUAAACUGAUGGCGCGUUCCCUGGAGGCCCAGGCUAUGCGAAUGAAAGAGCGAGCUGAGAAUUCCGUUAUGAUGACUACUUAA